CGCUCAGAGCAGAGCCGGCCAGCAGGCGGGCGGGGGCAGCAGCGAGCGGCCGUCCGGUCGGGCCCGCGGGCGGCAUGGGGCGGGUGCAGCUCUUCGAGAUCCGCCUGAGCCAAGGCCGCCUCGUCUACAGCCCCGGGGAGCCGCUGGCGGGGGCCGUGCACGUGUGCCUGGGGGCGCCUCUGCCCUUCCGAGCGAUUCGGGUGAGUUGCACGGGCUCCUGCAGGGUCUCCGCCAAGGCCAACGACACCGCCUGCGUGGCCGAGGAGGGCUACGUCAACAGCACCCUGUCGCUGGCGGACAAAGGGAGCCUGCCUACAGGAGAGCACAGCUUCCCCUUCCAGUUUCUGCUUCCUGUCACGGCGCCCACGUCUUUUGAGGGCCCCUUUGGGAAGAUCGCGUACCAGGUGCGGGCCACCAUCGACACGCCGCGCUUCUCCAAGGACCACCAGUGCAGCUGCGCGUUCUACGUGCUGAGCCCCCUGAACCUGAACAGCAUCCCGGACAUCGAGCAACCCAACGUGGCCUCCACCACCAAGAAGUUCUCCUACAAGCUGGUGCGGACCGGCAGCGUGGUGCUCACGGCCAGCACCGACCUCCGCGGCUACCUGGCGGGGCAGGUGCUGCGGCUGCAGGCUGACAUCGACAACCAGUCGGGCAAGGACACCGGCCCGGUGGCGGCCAGCCUGCUGCAGAAAGUGUCCUAUAAGGCCAAGCGCUGGAUCUACGACGUGCGGGCCAUCGCCGACGUGGAGGGCGCCGGCGUCAAGGCCUGGCGGCGGACCCAGUGGCAAGAGCAGAUCCUGGUGCCCCCCCUGCCCCAGUCGGCCCUGCCGGGCUGCAGCCUCAUUCACAUCGACUACUACCUGCAGGUCUCCCUGAAGGCGCCCGAAGCCUCUGUGGUGCUCCCGGUCUUCAUUGGCAACAUCGCUGUGAACCCGGCCCCAACAAGUCCCCAGCCGGGCCCUGGGCCGCCUCCUGGGGCUCAGUGCUCGGUGGUGCCCUCUGCCCCGCCCCAGGAGGAGGCAGAGGCCGGGGCCACGGGCCCACCCCCCGUGGCCGACCCUGUCUCCCUCUUUGCCAAGAGCCACAUGCAGCUGUGGCCACCUUCCGUCUUUGGUGCGGUGCCCGGCGCCCCUGAACCCUGCCCUCCGGGCAGCGGCCCUGCCUCCCACCCGCUGCCCCCGGCCCUGUGCGUCUCCGCGGGUGCCACUGUGCCCUACUUCGCAGACGGGUCUGGUGGGCCGGUGCCCUCCACCAGCACCUGGAUCCUCCCCCCGGAGUACAGCCUGUGGGCUCCCCCCUGUGAGGCCCCGCCGUCCUAUGAGCAGAGCUGCGGCAGUGCGGGCGCCGGCCCGACCCCCGGGAGCUGACCCCGGGGAGCUGACCCCUCGCCGCCUUCUCCCGGCUGGCCAACCUUUGCCAUGGGACCGGCGCCCAGGGCUUCGUGCCUUUGCUCCCGGCCUGACCGGCUGUCUCAGGACUCGAUGCGCCUGGCUGGCCCCCCGCAGGUGGCCUCUCCCAGGCCACGGGCCAGGCCGGGCCGGCAGGGCUGGACCCCACCUGUAAAUAAAGCAUUCCAUUUGUAGUGCGGGGCGCGGCCUCUCGGGCGCCCUCCUGCGGCGGGACAUGCGCCGGCCCAGCCUGGGGGCCCUCCACGGCCACCCUCCUCCCUCCCAGGCGAGGCCCGCCCACACCAA